UGUAUUCAUUCCCUGUGUGUUCCCUACAGAUCGAGUCAUUGAUAGACAUCCACCCGAGAGGUGUCCCCGUCCUCUGUAUUCCCAGGACUGUCCAGAGGGAAAUGUCCCAGAGAACCAUCAGGAACGCGAUGAUGGAACGAAUAGACUCGGGAAACCUGUAUCGGUGUCGGUGAAUGGUGAAGACUGGAUGAGAGGCUCCCACGGACAUCCCUUUCUAUCUUCUUACAAUGGAGUACAAGACCAUGAAUCACAGAUUGGCAAAAAGGGAACUGAACACAGACCAGGAAAAAUAUUUUCAUGCUGUGAAUGUGGGAAACAGUUUAAAAAGAAAUCUCGUCUUUCCAUGCACAAGAGAAUCCACACAGAUGAAAGGCCAUUUUCGUGUUUAGAAUGUGGAAAAUCUUUUACAUGGAAAUCGGCUCUUAUGGGACAUCAGGCAAUUCACACUGGAGAGAAGCCGUUUUCUUGUUCAGAAUGCGGAAAAGCUUUUACUAGGAAAACACAUCUCAUUGGACAUCAGAGAAUUCACACAGGAGAGAAGCCGUAUUCCUGUUCAGAAUGCGGAAAAUGCUUCAUGCGUAAAGAUUGUCUUGAGAGUCAUCGGAGAAUUCACACAGGGGAGAAGCCAUUUUUAUGCACAGAAUGUGGGAAAUGCUUUACCCAUAAAUCAAAUCUUGGUGAACAUCUGAGAACUCACACAGGGAAGAAGCCAUAUUCAUGUUUGGAAUGUGGGAAAUGUUUUGUGCGUAAAGAUUCUUUUGCGGAACAUCUAAGAACUCACACAGAGGAGAAACUUUUAUCAUGUCCCGAAAAUGUGAACGCUUUAAGUCAGGAUUCACAACAAGGAGUUCAGACAGAAGAGAAACCUUUUUCAUGUGCUGAAUGUGGGAAACGUUUUAAAAAGAAAUACAGUCUUUCCAUGCAUGAGAGAAUUCACAUAAAUGAAAGGCCAUUUUCAUGUCCGGAAUGUGGGAAAUCUUUUACUAGGAAAUCACAUCUUAUUGGACAUCAGAAAACUCACACCGAAGAAAAAUCCUUUUCAUGCCAGGAAUGUGGGAAGUGGUUUAAGCUUAAACAUCAUCUUGAGAGACAUCAAGUAAUCCACACAGGAGAGAAACCAUUUUCAUGUUCAGAAUGUGGGAAAUGUUUUACUCAGAAAUCAGAUGUUGUAAAACAUCAGAUAAUCCAUGCAGGAGACAAACCCUUUCACACAAUAGAUAAACCAUUUUCAUGCCCUGACUGUGGGAAAUGUUUUAGUCAUAAAAUAAGUCUUAUGCAACAUCUAAGAAGUCACACAGGGGAAAAGCCAUUUUCAUGCUCAGAAUGUGGGAAAUGUUUUACUAGGAAAUCACAUCUUGUUGACCAUCAGAGAGUUCACACAGGAGAUAAAUCCUUGUCAGAGAUACACCAGGAAACUCACACAGGGAAAAAUACUUUUUUAUGUUCAGAAUGUGGGAAAUGUUUUAUUAGGAAAUCGGGUCUUGUUAGACAUCGUAGGAUUCACUCGGGGGAAAAGCCAUUUUCAUGUUCAGAAUGUGGAAAAUGUUUUGGUCAGAAAUCAAGUCUUAUUGAACAUUUAAAAACCCACACAGGGGAGAAGCCGUUUUCGUGUUCGGAAUGUGGAAGGUGUUUUAGUCAGAAAUUGGGUCUUAUACAACAUCUAAGAAUUCACACAGGAGAGAAGCCGUUUCCAUGUCCUGAAUGUGGGAAAUGUUUUAGUCAGAAAUCUGGUCUUGUUAAACAUCAAAGAACUCAUUCAGGGGAGAAGCCAUUUUAAUGUUCUGAGUGUAGGACAUGUGUGUGGAUCUCCACUGUAGGACCUGCUUGUCUGCCUGAUGCUUUCUGAGUAGAGAUGAGUUAAUUUCCCAAACAUUUGUUUAUUUUUGAUUCGCUUAUUUCUAGGUCUGAUGAUUAAUUUGUAUAUAUGACUGUAAUACAGAAAAUAAAGUGAUCACCGCUGUGAAGCCUCAGACGAUGAUCUGUCAUAAGCUGAUGGUAGAACAUCAUCCAUCACCACCCAUCAUCCAUCACCACCCAUCAUCCAUCACCACCCAUCACCGCUUCUUCUAAUCAGUUCUAGUUUAUCCAUCUUAUUGGUGAGGCUUCUGGCCUUAGACCUUAUGCACCAUGACCGCUGGAUCCUCACCAGCCCGUCGCACUAAUCUGUCCACCCAACCCGCGAUGUGCCGAACUUCAGGGCCAGGACGACAACACACUGUUCAACAAGUCAGAUUUCCCUGUCUGUCCCUCUAAUAACUGAUUCCUCACUACCAGCACCUUCUGGUCUGCACCUCCUCUCCUUACUGGAGCCGACACCCUUCUGUCAGUCUCUUGCUGCAGCAAUGCUUGUCCUGAACUAACAUUAUGAUCAUCUGUCAACUUGGCAAACUUGUUGGGGUUUUCCAGAAUAGAACUAUACCUCCCGGACACUCCUCGCUGUACCCCUCCAGAUCAGGACUACCCUCCCUGACACUAUUCCAUCUACCCUUCCAGAUUAGGACUAGCCUCCCUGACACUCUUCCCUCUACUCCUCCAGAUUAGGACUAGCCUCCCUGACACUUUUCCCUCUACCCCUCAAGAUCAAGACUAGCCUCCCUGACACUAUUCCAUCUACCCCUCCAGAUUAGGACUAGCCUCCCUUACACGCCUCCCUCUACCUCUCCAGAUCUGGACUAGCCUCCCUGACACUCUUCACUCUAUCCUCCAGAUCAGGACUAGCCUCCCUGACACUAUUCUCUCUACCCCUCCAGAUUAGGACUAGCCUUCCUAACACUUUUCCCUCUACACCUCCAGAUCAGGAGUAUCCUCCCUGACUCUCUUCCCUCUACUCCAGAUCAGGACUAGCCUCCCCGACACUCUUCCCUCUACUCCUUCAGAUCAGGACUAGCCUCCCCGACACUUUACUCUACUCUUCCAGAUCAGGACUGGCCUCUCUGACACUCUUCACUCUAUCCUACAGAUCCAGAUUAGCCUCCUGACACUCUUCACUCUAUCCUCCAGAUCAGGACUAGCCUCUCUGACACUCUUCACUCUAUCCUCCAGAUCCGGAUUAGCCUCCUGACACUCUUAAAUCUAUCCUCCAGAUCCGGAUUAGCCUCCUGACACUCUUAAAUCUAUCCUCCAGAUCCGGAUUAGCCUCCUGACACUCUUCACUCUAUCCUCCAGAUCAGGACUAGCCUCUCUGACACUCUUCACUCUAUCCUCCAGAGCAGGACUAGCCACCCUGACACUCUUCCCUCUACUCCCCCAGAUCAGGACUAGCCUUCCUGACCCUCUUCUAUCUACUCCAGAUCAGGACUAGCCUCCAGGAUACUCUUCCCUCUACUCUUCCAGAUCAGGACUAGCCUCCAGGACACUCUUCCCUCUACUCUUCCAGAUCAGGACUAGCCUCCAGGAUACUCUUCCCUCUACUCUUCCAGAUCAGGACUAGCCUCGAGGAUACUCUUCCCUCUACUCUUCCAGAUCAGGACUAGCCUCCAGGACACUCUUCCCUCUACUCCCCCAGAUCAGGACUAGCCUCCCUGACACUCUUAACUUUAUCCUCCAGAUGAGGACAAGCGUCCCUUACACUCUUCCCUCUACCCCUCCAGAUCAGGACUAGCCUCCCCGACACUCUUCCCUCUACAUCUCCAGAUCAGGACUAGCCUCCCUGACACUCUUCACUCUAUCCUCCAGAUCAAGACUAGCCUCUCUGACACUUUUCACUCUAUCCUCCAGAUCAGGAUUAUCCUCCCUGAUACUCUUCCCUCUACUCCUCCAGAUCAGGAUUAUCCUCCCUGAUACUCUUCCCUCUACUCCUCCAGAUCAGGACUAGCCUCCGUGACACUCUUCCUUCCACCCCUACAGAUCAGGACUAGCCUCCCUGACACUCUUCCUUCCACCCCUACAGAUCAGGACUAGCCUCCCCGACACUUCCCUCUACUCCUCCAGAUCAGAACUAGCCUCCCUGACACUUCCCUUUACUCCUCCAGAUCAGGAUUAUCCUCCCUGACACUCUUCCCUCUACUCCUCCAGAUCAGGACUAGCCUCCCGACACUUCCCUCUACUCCUCCAGAUUAGGACUAGCCUCCCCGACACUUCCCUCUACUCCUCCAUAUCAGAACUAGCCUCCCCGACACUUCCCUCUACUCCUCCAGAUCAGGACUAGCCUCCCCGACACUUCCCUCUACUCCUCCAGAUCAGGACUAGCCUCCCUGACACUUCCCUCUACUCCUCCAGAUCAGGACUAGCCUCCCUGACACUCAGUGAGUAGCAAACUUUUUUCAAUGUUAUCAAUGGAUCUGAAUGUUACCGCAAUAAUUACCCUCGAAUGGCUGCAGAAGGACAGAAUACAUGGUCAAUCCUGGAGAACAUUAUAUGCUUAAAGGGGCACUCCACCGCACACAUCUUAUCCCCAAUCUAAAGGAUAGGGGAUAAGAUGUUAGAUCACGGGGGUCCUGCCGCCGGGGACCCCACGAUCUUCGGGCAGGCGCCCCUGUUAUUCAGAUCAUGGUGCGAACUCAGCUCCGUGCCCGAUGACUGGUGAUGCAGGCCGCCACGCCCCCUCCCAUGGACAUUAAUGUAGGGGGCGUGGCGUCAUGUCCCUACAAGCGUCUGUUCUCCAGACGCCGCAGCUGCCGAAAUGUCCUUUGGAUAGGGGAUAAGAUGUGUGUGGCGGAGUACCCCUUUAGGGAGAUAUGAGAGAUACUAUGAUUUAUAUAAAACAACAACAGAAAGAAACAAAUAGUAAAUAAUCACAAUAACCACAUGAAGGAGGAAACA